UAUCGUUUAGUGUUUAGCACAAUUUCUAGCGAAUCGCAGCAGGACGAACGUGUUUUUUUAUUUGCAAAUUAAUUUCAAGAUUUUAAGUUGACAGUGUAAAGUGUUCAAAUUUUGUGUUCCAUAGCAGCUUACGUUUUGACAGGCGCACUAUGAGUUCGCCAGACGACGCCUUUGACGGAGCCAACAGCCCCCGUUUAAAGAAGCAGCUGAGGGAAUCGUCGAGCCUUAGCAGCUCUAGCGAUGAUUCUGUGCCUGAUAACAACGAUGGCUCCAACCAUUCGGCCGAGGCAGAAGGCAAUGAGCUGAAGACAAAUACAAUCAACAGGCAGAAAUCUGUCGAAAAUGACUCUGAUAUGUCACAGCAUAAGGAGCAAGAACAGUUCAAUGCCGAGCAGAGUGUUGGAACAGCAGGCAGUCGCAAGACCAAAAGGCGCAAGGCUAAAAGAGCCAAGCUACGCCGUGACUCAAAGGAAGUAGCUUUGAUGGGUUGGAGCGGACCCUUUCCUAAUCUCUCACCCACCCACAGUCUGGAGAGUAGCUCGGACGUGGAUCAGCAGCAGCUGCCCACUGACCUAAAGGCAAUCUGUGCCACUGGGCUGAGCAUCUUUCCCAGAGAGGACAAGGAGCAGCGGCCGCCGCUGUCAACAUCGUCGUCUUCUGAUUCUACUUCCUUCUCGCCAGUUUCCCAACUUAAAACGCCUGCAACAACGACAACAACAUGUUUUACACUUACAACAAAUUCGACUACUUCAAGUCCAAAGUCUACGCAGACAACCAACAACAACGUCAACAACAACGACACCAAUUCAGCCUCAAUGUCAAUUGCAACAAGUUGUCCUCGUUCAGAACCAUCAUCAGAGCCAGAAUCAGAAUCAGAACCACAAGCUGAUGUAGCAAAGCAGACAGUCAAGCAUUCAAAUGAACGACCCUCCAGUGCCGCCGCUGGUAUUGAUACCGUCGCAAAUUUAGACGCUGUUGAGGACUCAAAUGCCUCUUUUGGCUCAUUGAAAAGCAGAAGCUCGCGAAAGCGUGGCACUUCCAAUAGAAGCUCAGCCGACGGACAACAGAAUGAAUCAAAACGAACCAAGCCAACAGAACAGGAUAAUAAUGGCUGCAGCUUGCGCACUCGAUCCAAGUCGUUGCAUGAUCCGAAUCCGGAUGUGCCGCCGCGCACCCCACGUGCUCGUAGCAUCUGCCCCGCCGCCAUGCUCAGUCAAAAUGAGCCUGCAGAGCAGACUCCACCCAGCAGUGAAACAAAGACUCCCGCUCGCCGUCGCUCAGUCGCUGCAUUUAAGCUGCAUCCGACUGAUGAAUUCUAUCGCUUGCCCUUUAAGUACGGCUGGAAACGUGAACUGGUUCUGCGUAGCAGUGCAUCCUUAUCGCGUCAGCGGGGUGACGUUAUAUUCAUAUCGCCAGGAGGCAAGAAGCUGCGCUCCCGCGAGGACAUCGUUCCGCUACUGAAUGGCGAGUUGACCAUCGAUCAUUUCUGCUUUCAGCGCCAAAUGCAGCAGGUCGGCGAGGAGUUCGAGACGGUGCGUCAGGCACAGCCUGCUCCGUUGCGUCGGAAAUCCUUAGCUGUCGCCAAGCAGCAGCAACAGUUGACCAACGUGAACAACCAACAACUCCCGCCAGUGCCUGCACCCGUGUCUGGCAAGCGUGUGCCCAAGCCUAAGGUUCCCAAGGGCGCUAGCCCUCCGCCUGAGGGUUGGACUUCCACCAUGGCCGUUAAGGGAAAUGCUCGCGUGUUGGCAGCUAGCAAUGGUAACACCAGCGGCGGACCUGGCUCUGGGUCUGGCAACAGCGCUCGUAAAAGAAGCAGCAACCAGACAAAGCAACCAGCUAAGCCAGCACCAGAUCCAACUGUGCAGGCAAAUAUUCAACCGCAGUCAGGUAAAGGCAAGACGAUGAUCUGUGUGUAUUGCCUAAAGCUAAUCAAUGAGAAACAGCAGGCCUAUCCCGUCGGAACCGCCAGUGUCAACAGCUACAUCUGUAUGCAAUGUGUUAAACCCAGUAGCAAAGCUGCCAAUUUGCAGCAGACAGCUAAAGGACUACCAGCGGAACAGGGACCUACCAACGGCACCAAGAAGCAAGACUCGAUUGAUGAGAACCUGUGCACUGAUGCCAAAGCUUCUGCCAGUGUGGAUGCUGACAAAAAUAUGAAUGCAGACGUCGACGCCAAUGGCAAUGGCAAUGGCGGCCUGCUGGAAAUUGGUGGAGAGAUUGAACUGCCGGGCGCGCUGCCGCCGGACCAGUUGCUGAGCGAUGAGGUUCCUGCAAGUCGUGCCGGUAACAAGAUCACGCCCAAGCCACUGGAAGUCGUUGUCAUUAACGGUCGCAAGGCUCUGGCCAUUGCUGGCGAGCCGCCGUGUCCGCGUUUACAAGUCUUGCCACGCGAACCGGACCUGGAAAUUUAUGAAAAAUAUUUUCUUAAGCGCAACUGCACGGCUAAGGAAAAGCGUCAAAAUUUCGUUGAAUGCAUUUCUGCUGGCAACUUAAGCUGCCAGGUGAUGUCGGCUGUUAUGAAGACACUGGAUUUGCACGAUCGUGUGCGUAUGUCAAACGUAUGCAAGACAUGGUCGAUGAUUGCCCGCGACCGUAGCGUGUGGCGCACAUUAAAGCUGCGUGACACGCUUAUAACAAACUGGUUGUUCCUUUUGCGAGAUAUGGUGCGUUAUCGCACCCGCGAACUGGAUAUGAUGGGGGUCAAAAUGACUAAUCCCAAAAUGCGCCUGGAGGGAGAUUUGCGUGUGCUUAAAGCAUUGCGCGUUCUGCGCACUGACGCUUGCGAGGCGGAAUUUAUCCAGUCAGUUAUUAAAUGUAUACCACGUCUGCUGGAGCUGCGCACCACAUGCACCAGUCGUGCACUCAGCCUGGCUAGUAUGAAGAAGAUGUUGGAAUUGCGCGUGCUGCGCAUUCGCAUGAUAGAGCCCAAGGCUGGCAUCUUUUCGUUGCAGCCGCUGCAAAAUUUAGAACAAUUGAGGGAGCUAAGUCUACGCGGCAUUAACAACAUGGCGCAGCUGGAGCUGUUGCAGCUCCAGGGAUUGAAACUGCUCGAGACGCUUGUGUUAGGCUCCUGUCGUGGUAUGAAGGUUACGACGUUUGGGCAGCAAGUGCUGCCGAGACUGAAGCGUCUUCGCCACCUGCGCCUAGAAAACCACCACAGCAAUCGCUCAUUUAAUAUCAACGAGAUCAUGGAAGGCAUCGCCGCCGGCGGCAGUGUAAAACGUGUCGAGCUCAUCAAUGUCAACGUGGAUGCAGAACUUAGCCGUCAGUUGGCAGCUUGUAAAUCGGUCCAGGAGCUGCUGCUCAUGCCAAACUUCCAUAAUAAUACGGCUUAUAUGAUGUGUUACAUCAUGCAGGCCAUCAAUGAAAACAGCGAACAGCUCAAUGUAUUUCGUCUGGGUCUUACCUACGAACUUCUGAGUGUCACUCGUGCGUUAGCCAUGAACCAGGAGAAAGACUGUAUUCCGGUUGCACUGCCAAUACCAGGCGUGCCUGAAAAUGAUAUACUAAAUGAGUCCGAUGAGCCAAUCGCGUAUUUGCCGGUCGAUCGCUUGGAAUCGAUUCUACACCACAUGAUGCCUCAGGCCUGGCUGACAGUCGCCAAGGUUUCCCAGAGCGAGACAACUAAUCUUAAAUUCCUUCCGGCUUCACCAAAUGACACGUCUGGAAUUUCUCAUGAUUAAAUUUGUUUCCAUCGCUACCUUA